AUGGGGGAUUUCAAUCUGGCCCUAGUGAUUGUGGCGAUCGUCGUCUGCGUGCUCGUGUUCAUCUUCAACGUCUACCUCCUCGUCAACUACCAGCACCCGGAUGAUGCCAACCAGGCCUAUUUCCCCAAAUUCGUCGUCGUCCUUGGGCUCUCCGUCGCCGCCAUCUCCAUCCUCAUGCUCCCGGCGGACGUCGCUAACCGGCAGGCCUGCCGCCACGCGAUUUACAAUGGCGCCUGCAACCUAACGCUCCCCAUGAAGGAUUUGUGGCUGGCAAUUUACAUUUUGGAUGCGAUUCUCGUAUUCUUUGUCAUCCCGUUCGCCAUGUUCUAUUACGAAGGGGACCAAGACAAGACUGUAUGGAAGAGAAUGAAAAGCGCAUUGAUAUGGGUGGUUGUGACUGCUGUUGUUUGCGCCCUUGUUCUUGGAAUUUUAUAUGGGCUUGUGGGAAAGGUCGAUUUCACAGUUAGACACCUUUCUUCGUCAACUACAUCCUUCCCAUCAUCAUGGGACUUCAACAGCAAUCAACAAUGUAUUGGGAAUGGAGCAAGGCAGUGCUCUGCAUAUAUAGCCAGUGCAUCAUCUGAGACAACUUGGACCAUGCAGACUACCUUCCCAGAAUAUGUUGUUGCACUUGCAACCAUUGUUGGAUCUGUGCUUUUCACUAUUUUUGGUGGAGUUGGCAUUGCUUGCCUUCCACUCGGACUCAUAUUCUCAUUUGUCCGCCGGCCGAAAGCUGUUAUUACACGCUCUCAGUAUAUUAAGGAAGCAACUGAACUUGCGAAGAAGGCCAGAGAACUUAAAAAAGCUGCUGAUGCACUUCACCAGGAAGAAAGGAGUGGUAACAAAGGAAGGAAAUGGCGUAAAAAUGUUAAAAGUGUAGAAAAGGAGCUUCUACUUUUGGAAGAAGACGUCAAGGCUUUGGAAGAAAUGUAUCCUCAAGGCGAACAGGCUGAAGCAACCUGGGCUAUGACAGUUCUCGGCUACCUUGCCAAACUGGUACUUGGAGUUGUUGGGUUGAUCAUUUCAGUGGCUUGGGUUGCACAUAUUGUGAUAUACUUGCUUAUAGACCCUCCUCUUUCUCCUUUUCUUAAUGAGAUCUUCAUCAAAUUGGAUGACGUGUGGGGUCUUCUGGGUACUGCUGCAUUUGCAUUCUUCUGCUUCUAUCUGCUGCUUGCUGUCAUAGCUGGGGCUAUGAUGCUUGGCCUGAAAUUGGUUUUUAUUACGAUCCAUCCUAUGAAGUGGGGGGCUACACUUAUGAACUCCUUUCUUUUCAAUGUGGGCCUCAUUCUUCUUUGCUCAAUCAGUGUGAUUCAGUUCUGUGCCACAGCAUUUGCGUAUUAUGCUCAAGCUACUGCAGCUCAAGAAAUUUUCAGUCACACGUUGCAAUCUCUUCGUGGAAUUAAAUAUUUGUACAAGUACAACGUGUUUCAGAUUGGGUUCAUAGUUUUAGCAGGACUCACAUUUGUAUAUUAUGCCGCUUUUGGAUGGAGAAGAAAAAAGCCAAGCGGCAGGUUCCAGCUAUCAUCUUAA